AUGGAUUUAUCCAUUAAAGGUCUGCAGAGCUCUUGUGUGAGUGUGAUCCAGACCACAGCCACACAGCGGACUCUGAAUAUGGCAGAAGAACACAGUGUGAAGCAGGAGACAAGAGAGCAGCUGCAACAGUCUGACUGCGUGAACCCAUGUGAGUCGUCACUGCUUGAACAAAAAAGAAUCCCAGAUAGAGCCCGGAUCAAAAAGGAGCCAGCGGAGCGGAGCAUCAAACCAGCGGGAGAUCAGCAAUCUGCAGCAGGCUCCUGUUCUGCAAGUUUGAAGACCAUACAGUCUGAGACUGAUGGAGACAACUCUGACUUUGAUGAUGACGAAUCCUGUAGAGAUGGAGAAAACCCUGACGCCACUGAGGACGAUGCAGGAACGGCUGAAGAAUCUGAUGGAAAGACACCCUGCCCUUUUUGCUCAAAGAGAUUUCCUAAGAAUUACUUAAAAAUGCACAUUACAAAGGGCUUUAGUAACUCCUCUGUCCUGAAAAUUCACAUGAGAACACACACAGGUGUCCACGUCACCUCUGCGAGUUCUGGUGUGAAGCUGGAAAUGCCAGAGAGUCCACAGAUGAAAGAGGAGCCAGAGGAAUAUGGCAUCAAACAGGAGGAAGAUGAGCAGCAAAUAGCUGUGGGUGUGAAGGUAGAAGAAUCCUGUCUGCUCCAGGAAAUCCCAGAAGGUCCUCAGACUAAAGAGGAGCCAGAGGAACAGAGGAUCAAACAGGAGGAGGAGCAGCUGUGA